AGGUUGGGAUUUAUGCCGUUCUUUAGAAUUAUGGAAACAAAAUUCAAAACAAAAUAUGUCAACCAAGCCAAGGAAAACAGGAUGCUAAGUCAUUCUUAUUAAGCGUUAUAUAGGUGUACUAAAGGGGGAGUUUCACUACGAUUUUUUACUCAAGUCGAUAAAUAGGAUUUUAGACAUGGACACAAAUAUUAAAGUCGUUCCACUAUCAUGCGCUGUACAGACAUAUGCUUGGGGUAAAAUUGGCGAUCAAAGCACUGUAGCAGCGUUAGCAAAAAAUCAAGCAGGUUUCACCUUCGACCAACACAUGCCCUAUGCGGAGUUGUGGAUGGGGUCUCACCCGAAGGGACCAUCAAAACUUAUAAACAUGCCUGACUCGCUCAGUGAAAAUAACAGCUAUUUGGGAGAUUGGAUCACACAAAAACCGUCCGUACUAGGCACAGAUGUUUACCAAAAGUUCGGCGCGAGCUUGCCUUUCUUGUUCAAAGUAUUAUCGGUAAACAAAUCCCUCUCUAUUCAAGCGCAUCCGACGAAAGAACAUGCUGAAAUUUUGCACCAAGAACGCCCCGAUGUUUACCCAGAUCCAAACCAUAAACCUGAAAUGGCAAUUGCUUUAACAAGAUUUGAAGCUUUGUGUGGAUUUCGUCCAGCUUCGGAAAUUUUGAAUUAUUUUCACGAAGUGCAAGAAUUUUUAGCGGUAGUUGGACAGGAAGCAGUCGAUGGUUUAAUCAAUGCUGAAAUGGCUACACAGAGAAGUAUUCGAAAAUCAGCAGUUCAUAAAGCGUUGAAGCAUUGUAUGACGUGUUUAAUGGAGUGCGACCCGAAAAUUCUAAAAAUUCAACUUGCUAAUCUUGUGAACAGACUAAAUGAAUGCCACGAAAAGCGGGAAGAUACUACUCCCUAUCUUGGACGACUGUUUUUGCGCAUACACAAUGAGUACCCGGGAGAUGUCGGAUGUUUUGUUAUAUAUUUUCUUAACCAUAUUACACUGGAACCGUACGAGUCGAUAUUCCUUGGUCCAAAUGUUCCGCAUGCUUAUUUAGCUGGUGAUAUAAUUGAGUGCAUGGCAGCAAGCGACAAUGUUGUACGUGCUGGUCUCACUCCGAAAUACAAAGACGUGGCCACACUCACGGAAAUGUUAAACUAUACCCCGCAAACGGUUUUAGAAACCAAAUUUCUUCCAACACAAGAUGAUAAUGAUAAAUUCCUUAGUGUAUAUAAUGCACCGGUAGAUGACUUCAGUGUACGGAAAAUUCAGAUACCAUCACAAACGUUAAAAGAAUACGACAUGAAAAUUCUACAUGGACCUAGUAUUCUGCUGACCAUGUCAGGGAAAGCAGAUCUCGUGUUUGGAACGAACUCGACCAAACUAUGUAAGGGGAGCGUGUUGUUCAUCAGUAGUGGUACCCAUGUAUCAUUAAAAGAUAUCGCUCCAGAUGAAGAAGUACUUUUGUUUCAAGCUUAUUGCGAUCUUCAAAGGACUUGAAAGUGUGUUUCGCUGUGAAUGUUUUCCCGGGUUUUCAUUAUCCUAAAUCCUGAACUAUGAGCUUUUAUAUGAAUAAGUUACAUCAAGUAUGUGUUAUAAUGUCUGUGGAAAGUUUCACUACUUCCUAUCAUUUCAAUUUUUUUUCAAUCAGAUGUUAGAUAUUGUAUCGUAUAAGGUACAGACAUUUCGUAUAGCUGAAUAUAUAUAUUUUUAUAGCAGAGUUUUUUUUGUAUGGAUAUAAUACGAAGACAUUUCAGGCUUGCAGGCCAUUUUUAGAAUGUUUGCAAUGUUUUCGAUAUUUGUUACAUAAAUCUACUAAAAUGACUUUCAAAAUACCACGCAAGUUUGAAAAGAUGGCUUUUACACCACGCACGCGUUCACGUGAUGUUAACUUUCGAUUUGUUACAUAAUUUCGUCGUUGAACUGAUGUAGGAAAUUUUUUUUUGCAAUCUUGUCUCUUAGUCAUGUAACGAAUGCACGAAUUUAUCUCGUAAUUAGUAAGAUUAUUUAUAGUUACUAUUUAUUUUUGUUUUAUUUUAUCAAUGCCUGGUUUACAUUGGCGAAAUAUAAGUAUGAGUUAAAAGUAUAACCACUUUAUUAUUUUCGUGUAAACCAAAUGUUAUUCAAUUGAUCAUAUGUAAAGCUAACCUACCACAUGAAAACAAGUUGAUUUCAUAUAAAAAGGCUUUGGAAAGUUGUCCAAGAAUUUAUUUAUUUUUUUGUAAAAUAUUUAUUCGUUCUUAAGAUAUUUGACUUUAAAUUUUCACUAAUUAUGCAUGACCACAUCUCCCAGAUCUAAGUGAUGUGUUGUUUGAAGCCGACAAAAAUGGCGACCAAUCGAUUUCGAGUAAUAAUGACGAUCGUCGCAAAAAUCGUCCCGGGGAGAUUAACCUUAAUGGUAUUACCAAAAUAUGAUGAUGUAUAUAUGUUUUCAGCCAUUUAGGUUAAUAUUUGGAGCAUAUUAA